CCCCUUGGAGGGCAUAACAACAACAACGCGUCCCGCUGCCCGCCGGCUGACGGGUCAGAGGUUUCUUUAUUCGUUUCGUCAACAUGCCGGAUAGCUGCUGUGCAGUCGGAUGCACCAACCGACGAGGAAACAAGCCCGGGCUGUGUUUCUACAGGAUCCCGUCCGAGAGAGAACACCCGGAGAGGAGGGCGUUGUGGAUUUGUGCCAUUAAACGGGGGAAGGGCAAACAAUGGCAGCCGUCAAAGUACACACGCAUCUGCAGCGAACACUUCGUCAAAGGCGCCAAAUCUGAUAUCCCGAUAUCUCCUGACUGGGUUCCAUCCGUCUUCACACCGGCCACCAAGAAGAGGAAAAGGGAGAAGCAGCACAGCGGAAUGAAGAACAAGAGGGUGGAGGAGGAGGAGGAGGAUGAGGAGAAGAAGAAGAAGCAAGCUGCAGUGGAUGUCCUCCUAGAGCUGUCAUCAGUGCCCCGUGCUAAGGAGGAACAACAGUGUACCAACAGACCAUGCAGGGAAAAGAUUGAGAGAUUAAAAAGGGAAUGUAAUGGCCUCUGGGAGGAAAACCAAAGACUGAAAUACAUUAUAAGAUCAGGAAACUUUGAUGACCUGGCUUUAGUAAAAGAGACGUUUGGAAAGUGAAAUCAAUGGAGGGCACACACUCCCAACCUCACACCACAAACCACCGCUGCUCAAGGCUAAGCUAACUUUGCUGUUAGCAUUAUGCAGCUAACUGGGAAACUAGCUUCUUGAUUUUACCUUGCAAUUGAUUAGCUAACUGGACAAAUUUCAAACAUGUGUUUCUGUAUUAUUCUGUACAAAUUAAAGUUACUCACUCAGUUC